AUGGAGCGUACAGGAAAAACCAUGGAACAUGGCAGGGGUCCAGAGAAGUGCUACUCUCGGAAGGACCAGUUUGUGAAGAUUCCUCAAUGGGCGACCUUUGUUGGACAUGGGCAGCAUGAAAGGGUCCAGUCAAGUAUACCUUCUUCUAAGUUCCAAGCAGGUCUACCACAAUGUUCAAAGGUCCGAGCAGGUCUACCCCUUCCAAAGUCCAAGCAGAUAUGCCUGCAAAAAAGAGAGUUCAGACAGGCACAGAACUGUUUAUCUGCUUCCUGCCUGAAUGGAGGGACUUGUCAAGAAACCCUCAAUGGUUCUACCUGUCAUUGCCCCACACAGCCUCUGGUUUUCACUGGUCAACACUGUGAAGUCUUAUACGAUGCGUGUACAGAAUUCGAUUGCCCUAAAACCCACACGUGUCAAGCUAAACUCGGAUACCCGGAAUACCAGUGCCUCUGCCAGUCCGGAUCUAACUGCACCACUAACAACUGUGACCAUAACCCCUGUCUAUUCCCGAACUCUCAGUGCUCAGAUGAUGGAGAGGCAUUCACAUGCAAAUGCCAAAAUGAGUACGGUGGCUUAAAGUGCCAAGAGAAGGUGUCGCCGUGUGCUCAAAACCAAUGUGACAACAAUGCUCAAUGCGUGGAAACCGUGGAUGGUUACACUUGCGUAUGCCAAACGGGCUACACGGGACAGCACUGCGAAACCAUUCUAAACAAAUGCACGUCGAACCCUUGCCAGAAUGAAGCCAUCUGUGUGGAUAAAUGGAACAAGUACAUGUGCUUCUGUGUGCCGGGCUUCCAGGGGCACCACUGUGAGAUAGACAUUAAUGAGUGUGCGUCAGCGCCAUGCCAAAAUAACGGCACCUGCCUCAACCUGAUGGACCAGUAUGAGUGUGAAUGUGCCACGGGCUAUACAGGUGUCAACUGUGAUGUAGAGAUAGACGAGUGCCAGUCAAAUCCGUGUCAAAAUGGUGCCACGUGCCGGGAUUACGUUGGGUACUUCCUAUGUGAAUGCCCCGCAGGGUACGCCGGUGAAGUGUGCCAACAAGACAUUGAUGAGUGUCAAAGCCAGCCGUGUCUCCAUGGAGGAGUUUGUGUGGACGCUCUGAACAGGUUUCACUGCAACUGCGAUGAGACGGGAUAUGAAGGCGAAACGUGUGAGGUGGAUAUCCUGGAAUGUUCCUCCAACCCCUGUGUGAAUAACGCCACCUGUGUGGAGGGAGUGAAGGGCUACACGUGCGUCUGCUGGACAGGCUAUUCUGGGGACAGCUGUGAGCUCGAUGUUGACGAAUGCGCAGAACGCCCCUGCCUGAAUGGCGCCCUCUGUCUUGAGCGAUCGAAUGAGACCCUUUAUAUGGCAGAGUUCAACACAGAAUUCAGUUACGCCGAUGCCGCGGGAUACGUGUGUAGGUGUCAGCCGGGAUUUACGGGGGAAAAUUGUUCUGUGAACAUUGAUGAGUGCAUCUCCGGCCCUUGUCAGAACGGAGGGACGUGCAUCGACCUCAUCAAUGGGUACGAGUGUCAGUGUGACCCGGGAUAUGCCGGUGUCUUAUGUGCUGUGAAUGUCGAUGACUGUGAAAACCGUCCUUGCCGGAACGGUGCCACUUGUCUGGAUGGAGUUGCUGACUAUUUCUGUAGUUGCCCACUUCCAGGGCUUGAUGGUAUUACAUGGGGUGGUAAAAACUGCUCUGUGGUGCUGCAGGGGUGUUUGAAUCACACUUGCCAAAAUAAUGCCGUGUGCUUCCCAACAUACGAGCUGGAGGUCCAUAGUUAUAUCUGCAUAUGCCAGCCAGGGUUUUAUGGAGAGCACUGCUCUGUUCCUACCACCUUUUCUUUCACUUCCGGCGGGUAUAUUAUUUAUGAUCUAAAUGCCUCAAACAGAAGCAAGAGGAGUAUUCAAGAAGACGGUGGUCAUAUGAAAGUGAGGUUUAGGACAACUUUACCGAACAUGAUCCUCCUUUAUCGGGGGGAUGAAGACCGCUACCUAAUGCUUGAGCUUUAUAACGGGUUGUUGCAAGUUUUAUUUCAAAACCAGAAUUCUUCUUCUCGCCUGGUCAUUGACGAGCACCGAGUUGAUGAUGGUCAUUGGCACGAAGUAUGGGUUAGUUUGUAUUCUACUCUGGAGCUGAUUCUUCAUCAAGAUGGUUGUACUAAUGGCUCUUGUUUCAAAAUUCAAGAUUUUGGCAAUGCCCAUGAUUUUCGACUUCCUGAAUCAUUUGCCACGGUGUACAUUGGUGGACUUGCUCAUGGCUCUCUGCUGAACAACACACUGAGCAGAAAAAACUUCACUGGUUGUAUGCAAGAUCUCAUCAUUGACUUGAAGGCCUUGCUGCCUCAGAAUAUAAGGCAAGGAAGCUCUUUUGAUAUGGAGCUCGGAUGUAACAAAACAGAUUGGUGCGAUCCCAACCCGUGUCAUCACGAGUCGCCAUGCAUCGACCUGUGGACCAGAUAUAAAUGCGACUGCAUCAGACCAUACACGGGUCCAACCUGCUUGCAAGAAUAUACAUCUGCUACUUUCUUCCAUGAGAUGGUGCCCAGCUAUGCCAGCUUUGCCAUCACCCAGGACAUCGGACAUUCAUUCGAUGUGUCGGCUUUCAUCAGGACUCUCAAACCGGACGGCCUUUUGUUGCAGAUCGGUAAUGGAAGCGCGGACAGCCUCACCGCUUACCUGAAAUCUGGAUACGUUCAUAUUGCCGCAAUGUCAGUAAAAAUGGCAUCAAGAGAAUAUGUUAGCAACGGCGAGAAGCACAUGAUCAAUAUAUCGGUCAAGGAGGGUCUUGUCUCCGUCAGUGGCCUGAAGAACAAGGAAGCCCUGGACCACCUGCCACCGCUAUCACUGUCAGCAGGAGACACGGUUCUUGUUGGGGGAGCGCCCCCAGGUGGGAAUAUUGAUCAGUGGGGGGGAUUUUUCAAAGGAUGUUUACAAGAUAUAAGAAUCAAUGACAAUCGUCUCGAGAUGUUCCCAAUGGAUGAUGAAAACCUUGCUUCUGUUCCUACCAUCAGCAAUGUUACAAAGGAUUGUGUUUCCGAUGAUACAUGUAAAUCCGGCCCUUGCAAGAAUGACGGCACUUGUGCUGUGACCUGGAAUGAAUUCACCUGCACUUGUUCGGCCAACUUCACCGGAGCAACAUGUGAAGAGCCUGUGUGGUGCCAUCGAAGACCAUGUCCAGAAGAUAACGUGUGUCAAGACUUCCCUGGAGGAUACACAUGCCUAGUCAACGCAACCUUUGAAGAACAGAACUCGGUGGUCUUCACUUCCAACAUUUCAUCAGACAUACAGCUCAGAUCGGUGUCACUGGAUUUCAGAACCAGAGAUGAAAACGCUCUUCUGCUCGGGGCCACCAAAGAUUCGGACCACAUUUCCAUCGUCAUUCAUGGUGGCCAACUGCACGUCAAUAUACAAAGUGGGAACAGCGUGGAGAGAGUGGUUUAUAAUGGUGAAACAAAGGUUUCCGAUGCUUUCUGGCACAGGGUUCUGGUAAAGAUGAAGGACUCUACGAAUGUUCCUCCUCAAUGGAUCAUACAUUUGGAUAAUGAAGACGUCGUGACUCUGGGAAGCGCUGGUAGCCUGAGCUUCCUGACCCAAGACGUACCCAUCGUGCUGGCUGAGAAUUACACCGGAUGCCUCGGACAAGUUUCUAUAGGAGGUCUUUACAUUCCGUUUGCAGACCAGAAGUUUCCUCAGCACUUUGUGAGGAAAAGCCAAGAUCCGCCAACCUUGGGUUGUGGAGGAGCCGACGUUUGUUCGGGGGCUCAGUGCCUCCACGGCGGAACGUGUCGGGACGACUUUAAUUUAUUCAGCUGCGCGUGUGCGGAAGGAUGGGAGGGGCCACAAUGUGAGGUCAAUAUCGAUGACUGCGAAUCGCAGCCUUGCGUUCAUGGCCUGUGCAUGGAUCUGGAGGCCACUUAUCGAUGUGACUGUUUCCUCGGGUACACCGGUAAGAACUGUGAGACCGAUGUGGAUGACUGCCAGCAACAUCGGUGUCUGAAUGGAGGGACCUGCUUAGAUGGCUUGAAUAACUACACCUGCCGAUGCCCAGCUACCUACACCGGAGAUUACUGCCAAUGGCCUUACCCCCCUGCGCGUUGCGGUAUUAAUGUGACGUGUCUUAAUGGAGGCAAAUGUAGAGGUGGAAUCUGGGGAGCCAACUGUACCUGCCCGCUGGGCUUCAAAGGGAAAAGGUGUGAAGUUAAUAUCGACGACUGCGAGUCGAACCCGUGUCUCAACGGUGGGUCGUGCCAAGACUCCGUCAACAAUUUCAAAUGCAUCUGCAACGCAAGCUUCAGCGGGGUCCGUUGUGAGAAAAGCAAUUCAGCCUCGGCCUUCCCCUUCCCGCUCCUGGGAGUUGCGGUCCCCGUAUCUUGCGGUGUUGUGCUUCUGUUUAUUAUUGUGGUCAUUUUUAUGGUGUUGACGGCGAGGAAGAGGAGACAGUCGGAAGGCACAUACAGCCCAAGCCAGCAGGAGGUAGCCGGGGCCCGGCUAGAAAUGGACAGCGUCUUGAAGGUGCCUCCUGAGGAACGUUUGAUAUGAAACCCACGAACAUGUGACUGAGAACCUCAUCUCACAUUUGUAUUUUUGAAAGUGCCAAAUUUUUUGAUGCCUCAAGUGAGUGAGGGAUCCUUCAUAAGUGAGCUCCUCUUAUCUCUUGGGGUCCCAAGUGAGGGAUCUUUUAUAAAGAGCUCUUUCUAUCUCUGGAGUACUGAGUGAUGGAUCCUCCAUAAAAAACCUGCAAUCCCUGGGGUCCUGAGUAAGAGCUCCUUCAUAGUGAGCUCUCGUUAUUCCUGGGGUCCCGAAGGACGGAUCCUUUAUAAAUAAAUCCUACUAUCCCUGGGGUCCUGAGAAAAGGGUCCUCCAUAAUGAGCUCCUCCUAUCCCUGGGGUCCUGAGAAAAGGAUCCUCCAUAAUGAGCUCCUCUUAUCCCUGGGGUCCUGAGUGAGGGGUCCAUCAUAGUGAGCUCCUCCUAUCCCUGGAGUCCCAAAGGAGGGAUCCUUCAUAAUGAGCUCCUCCUAUUCCUGGGGUUCCAAAGGAGGGAUCCUUCAUAAUGAGCUCCUUCUAUCCCUGGGGUCCUGGGUGAGGGAUCCUUCAUGAUGAGCUCCUCCUAUUCCUGAGAUCCUGAAGUAGGCAUUUUUCAUAAUGAACGCUUACUAUUCUAAGGUGUCCUGAGUGAGGGGAUCUUCAUAAUUGGCUCUCACUAUCCCAAGGGGACCUGAAUGAGGGGAUCCUUCAUAAUGAGCACCUUUUAACCCCGGGGUCCUGAGUGAUGGAUCCUCCAUAAUGAGCUCCUCCUCUCCCCGGGGUCCCGAAUGAAGGAUCCUUCAUAAUGAGCUCCUACUAUCCCUGGGGUCCUGAAUGAGGGGUCCUUCAUAAUGAGCUCCUCCUAUCCCUGGGGUCCCGAAGGAAAGAUCCUUCAUAAUGAGCUCCUCCUGUCCCUGGGGUCCUGAAUGAGGGAAUCCUUCAUAACGAGUUCCUCCUCUCCCUGGGGUUCUGAAGGAGGGGAGCCUUCAUAAUGAGCUCCUCCUAUCCCCAGGGUCCUAAGUUAGGGAUCCUUCAUAAUGAGCGCCUCCUAUGCCUGGGGUCCUAAGGGAGGGAUCCUUCAUAAUGAGCUCCUCCUCUCCCUGGGGUCCUAAGUUAGGGAUCCUUCAUAAUGAGCUCCUCCUAUGCCUGGGGUCCUGAAUGAGGGGUCCUUCAUAAUGAGCUCCUUCUAUCCCCGGGGUCCCGAAGGAAGGAUCCUUCAUAAUGAGCUCCUCCUGUCCCUGGGGUCCUGAAUGAGGGAAUCCUUCAUAAUGAGCUCCUCCUAUCCCCGGGGUCCUAAGUUAGGAAUCCUUCAUAAUGAGCUCCUCCUAUGCCUGGGGUCCUAAGUGAGGGAUUCUUCAUAAUGAGCUCCUCCUAUGCCUGGGGUCCUAAGUUAGGGAUCCUUCAUAAUGAGCUAUCCCUGGGGUCCUGGGUGAGGGGAUCCUCCACAAUGAGCUCUCUGUGCCCCAAUGAGUGUGUUGACUAUGCUCACCGCACUAAAGACAUGGGACUUGCCCACUUUUUUCCAACCACAGUUGCUUGGCACUAUGGAACAAUCAGCCAGAAUACCUUUGAUGGAAAGAAAUAUUUUGUGCAGCUGAUCAUAUGCUUUAAGCUACCUGAACCAGAAUUCAACAUCAAUGGUUUCCAAAUUGCCACCAUCAUCACUGCCUUGCCCCCAUGUAUAGAAGGUGACUUGGAUAUGCACUUGAACCACCUCAUACUUCAUGCUCAGAUCUUGGGAGCAUCUACAAAGUUCAUUUUGGUUCAUCUUCUCUACCAGAAUAUCACAUGUAUAACCCGGACUGUAACCCGGACUUCUUUUGACCUAUUUAUGCUCCAUGAUGUCCGUUGUUGGGAGACUACUACACUGUAUUGAAAUGCCUGUCUGUGUCUUGGGUCUGCAAAUAACUUUUUCAAUUGUGCCUUUUUGGGGUUGAUGUACUGAAGGCAAAUAGGCCAUUCGCUGUGCAAAGGAAGUUACUUUUUGGCAGGGAAUUUUUCCCGGAGCUUACUGAAUGAGGGACUUGGAAGGGUCCCUCAUUGGAUGGGAGUUCCCACCAUGUUGACUCCAGACCUGCCCCACUUCUUCUUGGAUGGGAUUGUCACCAUCCUGCUAUUUAGGAGAUACUCCGCCAUACUGUGUCACACCUUCUCCUCCAUAUUCCCGGCCUGUUACCUGGAACAAAGAAUGUCCGGUCCAGUUGUAUGUGACCACUUUACUGCACAACUCCGGCGCAUUCACCAGUACAUUUUCCUUUAUUUCUGAGGGUAGACUCUAGAGAAGAACACUACUUCCAUAUCACGACUUCCUGAGGGUAGACUCUAGAGAAGAACACUACUUCCAUAUCACGACUUCCUGAGGGUAGACUCUAGAGAAGAACACUACUUCCAUAUCACGACUUCCUGAGGGUAGACUCUAGAGAAGAACACUACUUCCAUAU